GUCUCUACAGCCUUCUGGAUUAUAACUGGAUUAUAAGAAAAAUUGUGAAAAAUAUCACUGAAGAGAAUAGAGUCACCUGUGGUUGUUUAGUGAUGUGACUGGCGAGUUUUUUUUUUAUAUAAGUAUUUGAAUCUCUGCAUGCACUGAUGAGAGGAUGCAAACUCGUCCUGGAGGUCAUCUGAUGAUGGGUGACCUGAGAGAGGAGUAUCCAUAACCCUCAUUCUCAUCCCAGCAACAUCCAAAGCUGCCAGUUACAGCCCGGCAUCUGUAGUAAAUUCCGAUGCAGUACUACAGGAGAAGUGGGACUUGAACCUACAACGUGGGGACCUAAAGGCAACAACUCUAGCCACUAUGCUACCAGACUCUUCUGAUGUCACUCUCCCAAGACACUAACCGUAACUCCAGAGCACAGCGGAGGCAAUGGACUGUGGUGACCUGCAAUGUUCCCUCAAUAUAAUUCAUAUGAUCAUCGUAUAGUAGAUUUUGACAGUACUGUAUAAACAUAUAAACGACUCAUGAGUUUAUUAGGACGAUGGCUUUGUUCUGCUGGAGGCCCGUAUUUUAAAAAGUGUUUCUGUCCCAUUGAUCUCGGCGUUGUUUGGGGUCCGCAGUUCCACUUCAGCCGUGCGCAGAGCCAGGACCCUCCACGCGUACGUGCAGCGGAGCUUCUCCACCUCUGCGUCCCGCCCCACGCCCACUUCUCCGAGUUGUCACGGCUUCCAAAAGGGGAGAGGGCUCUAAUACAUACUCAGUGUCCUGAGCGCUUCGCCCAUUCAUUGUGCGCGCGCGCGCGCCGCCACUGCGCUCCGUGGACUGUCACCCUCGCCUCGGCCUCCCUGCGUGGACGUGUCACAGCGUUGAACGGCGGAAUCCCACCAUUACCGAAAUACACUUCUGGUGGAUGCAAUUUAUAUUAACCAACUAACGCGCGUCAACGACCGUCCCACUUCAACAGUGCUCCUUCUUUCAGAUUUUUUUUUUUUUUUUUUUUAAAUAUUCUGUGACGCCACCUGGUCGGGACAUUUUCGCGGAAAUAAUGAGAGGGAACCAGCUGUGUUGGGACAGCGACGCUGCAGCGUGCCCCACCGUCACGGCUCCGGGCUCCGCUGUCAAGUGCGCUGACGCGGCUGGGACGCACGCGGACACGGACACGCACGGGGACACGCACGGGGACACGGACGCGUCCGCUGCUCGCAGCGCAGAUCUGUCCUUAACCGCCCGCUCCGGGUCGCCCGACUCCGCGCCGCAGCAACCAGGAGGAGAGAAACAUGUGAUUGCACCAGCCGUCUUUGUCUUCCAGAAGAUGGCCUCAGCCACAAAGAGACAAGCCGAAGACUCUGAACAAGGACUUGGUUCAGGUCCCGGUGCAGGUAAACGGCUCAGAUGCUUCUCCUUCCCCUCCCUGAGGCCCAGAUGCAGAACAGGUUUCUGCCACAGCGGAAGACGCAUGCGCUCGAGUUCCCUCUGCUUUCCACCGACGUGCCCGGUUUCCAGGUCCAACGUGUUCAUGCCCUCCAGCUUGUGCAGCCUUAAUGACAGCUUUUCUGCACAUGCAGGAUGUCCUCGUGCUCAGCGGGGAGUGUUGUUAAGACCUGCUCUACUUCCAGCCCCACAGCCUUGGAGCUGCCCUUCCCAGCCUCAUCUGGCUGAGAUGGUCCCAGGGCCCGCUGGGGAACCCUGCGCGGAAACGCUCCGGUUCUGUCCGACCAGAACCCUCCUCGCUCAGAUGCCGCGCAAUCCGCGCGCUCUCACAAAGACACCCGUGCAGACCGCAGGCCACGUUCCGUCGUUUGUGUUUGGGGAAAAUAUGAGCGAGAGAGUGCUGAGUCCAUCCAGAAGCAGCGAAGAUAUGUCCGACACCAGCUCGGACUCGUCAGACUCCGAAUUAUCCGAUUCGCAGCCUCCACGUCAAAUGGCGGUGCGGCGCACGCUGUGGGAGUCUGCUGCAGCCUACACUGCGGCCUGUGGGCGGCGCUGUUUGCUCAAGCGGGUUCAGCUGUUCACAGGGGAGGAGCACGAAAGCAAUGUCGUGCAGAUAACCUGCAAGCUGUUUGUGCUGGAAAAGGGCACACAGUCGUGGACCGAGAGGGGGAGGGGGGUGCUCCGACUCAACGACCUGGCAGUCGGCACCGGAGACACGCUACAGUCACGGAUAGUGAUGAGGCACCAGGGCAGCUUGAAGGUCAUCCUGAACACCAAACUGUGGCCCCACACCCACCUGCGUCGCCCAGCCCGCCGCAGCUUGCAGUUCAGCGCCACCGACCUGGAGAGCCACACCAUGCGGGUGUUCCUGGUACAAGGUGGCGCCAGGGACGUGGCUCGGCUCUUCGUAGCCAUCCACCACCGCCUUGUUGCCCUGAGGGGCGCUGCCUCGCAGCACUACUGCACCGAAAGUGAGGAGGAGGAGGAGGAGGGUGCCGUUACCAAGACCUGCAUGCAGACAGAUCGACCACAGGUCUGUUCCUGACGACCGCAUCACGUAACUCAUCUGCGAUGCCGGCGCGACACCAAAAUGCUGCCCACGACAUCGUGUGCCCUGACCGCACAAGUCCUUGCGCAGAGAGGACAGCGAGGCGACACCUCCCAGCCACCCUGAACUCAGCGAUCCGGCUACCAGCCACGAAUGAACGCUCAUCUGUUUUCGGUUAACCUUAGAUAGGACUUUUCUUUAUUAACAGCAAAUUGACAGGUACAUUUUACUACCAACAAUUUUCCAUUCCCCCCCCCCUUUAGUUCCUCUAGGAGAAUCUGACAUUCUUAGGCCUGAUAUGAAUUUAUGGUAAUCUGGGUGACGUUCUUCAAAAAACUUAUUCAGGAUGAAAAGUUUAUAUUAUAUUUGUACAUUUAUAUAAACCAAUGGCUUUUUAUACUUGUACAUUCAGAAAUAGUCUUCUAUGAGGACAAAGUGUUUAACUAGGUAUUCGCUACAUUUAAAUAUGAACAAAUUUAAAGUUUGUUUAAAAGCUCAUUAUGUGUCCACGUUCA